AUGAGGAUGCCUGCGCUUUGGAGUCUACUGCUGACACCAUUGAUGAUUGCUCCAUUGCUAGCGAUCUCCGACUCGGCUACCAGGAUCCUGGACCAGUUCUCUACAGUCACGGCUGCGCUUGAAGCGAACCAGGCAACCAUUGACCGGUACCAGGGAGGCCUGAUACCAGCGGUCUCUGUGGGCAAGCAGAACUACGACACCUGGUGUGCGAUGAGAGGUGCCAACAGCCACAUUUACCACGGUGACAACCAGCUUAAUGGAGAGGACUCUGAUGACAUCGUUCAACAGCUGGUUGCUCUGAGCCAGAAGGCGACUCGCCUCAUGCAAACGUACAAAGACAAGGAGCCGCUACUGCGUCGCGCACGGGUGAGCUUCGUGGUUCCCAUCGUGAUGCAGGCGCUCUAUCGGGAAGCCGACGACAUGCGGAUCACAAUCGCAGGCCAGGUCCCUGAAAGUCAUAGUGCGUCGCUCCAGGAGAUGAAAAUUACCUUUGACUCUAGCUGGACUGACGCGUUUGACGCGUACACGAUGAACCUGGCUAGCGAUUCCGAGGACUACAAGCCCAUAUUUUCGCUCACGGAGCCCUUUUUCAAGUACUUUGUAUAA